AUCACGCUCUGGGAGAUAUGCUAUGAUACCAUUACGCCUUACUACGACCAAAUUCAAGGACAGGAGGGGAAAGACAUCUGCUCAUUACUUUAGAAAAACUUCACCCGCGAACACCUACCCGCAUAGGAAAUGUGGACGCUGAUCGUUAUCUAUACUCACCGUUUCUCUCCGCUAGGGUCACAACCAACGAAGGCUAUUGUGUGGUGACGAAAAGCCGAUAGGUGCUAUGGUGCACGAUAGGGUGACGGUUAAGUCCAUGGCCGGAAUCCAGUGAAGAGCAGUCCGGCUGAGCCUGACCCACCAUCACAAUUACCAAGCAUAUAAAUGCAACCCGAGCCGUCGUGCAGAGAAAUCAUUCAAUUCCUGAGGCUCAAACGCCCCUUCUGUAAAGAUGUGGCCCACUCGCUCUCUUUCAUCGUUGUUCUUUCUUUCCAUGGCCUUGGGUUCACCCGUCAGCCAACCCGGAAAUAGAUAUGCUAUCCUGGAUAACGACUGGGGGGCCGUUAGUUUUCUUCCAUUCUUGAUCGCACUCAAGAGCGACGUCCAGGUUCUGGGGCUAGUCUCCGAUACUGCCAAUUCCUGGCAGCGUCAAUGCGCAUAUCAUGCGCUAGCCAACUUAGAGCUCGGGAACCUCAGCUGCAUACCAGUCUAUGCGGGCGCCACCUAUCCCCUAAUCAAUACACCUGAGCGCUUCCAGGCAUGGGAAAGCGUGCACGGCAAACUCCCCUGGGAGGGCGCUUUUGCUCUAGAGAAUGCAACAGCAGAAGCACUCGGUAAUGACCCAACAUCAGGGGAUCCAAAUCGGAUCGUCAAGCCCGCUUUUGUUGAGGGGUUCCCAACUACUAAGAUCAACCACUCCACGUCUGCCGCCAACUUCAUGGUUGAGAUGGUCCACAAAUAUCCGCAUCAAGUCUCCAUCUACUCCGCCGGGGCGUUGACCAACAUCGCCUUAGCUGUGCGAAUGGAUCCCGAUUUCGCUUCCCUGACCAAGGAACUGGUCAUCAUGGGAGGCUACGUGGAUGUGAAUAUGUAUCAGGUCACGGGUGAUUAUUUGCAGGCGGACAUCAACUCCGAUAUCAACUUGAUGAUCGACCCGGAAGCUGCGAAAAUUGCUCUUAAUGCAGAAUUUCCCGAGAUCAUUAUUACUGGGAACGUGGCCAAUCAGGUGCAGUCAACACAAGAGUACCUCGAUGAGGUCUACACGGUCAAGAAUGAGUAUACCAAGCUCUUCCAUAACCACUAUGGCACUGAGUUUCCUUUUUGGGAUGAGACUGCGGCUGCCCUCAUGGUUGACCGGUCUCUUGCUACUAAUACUACUACUGCCUAUAUCGAUGUCGAUAUCUCUUAUGGAAGUCCUAAUUACGGAAACAUCCAUGUCUACCAGGCCAUGCUUAAGCCACCGGGCGUACGCAAUGUCACCUAUGUGAACCGUAUCGAUGGCUUAAAACUCAAGGACAUGAUGAAGCAGGCUAUGUGGAAGCCUCCCACGUGUCCUUGAGUGGAUGUCCUUUGUCAUGGCUAUCUUGGGAUAUGACUGCACUUAUCUUGAUUAUAGAUAUAGAACGGUUGGGGCUAUGAGGUCAUAGAGACUUUUUGUAUGACAAACGUUGCCGGACUAGUAUGUUCAAGCUUUAUUUGGUCGCACAUAUAGU